AUGAUUCUCGACGCGGAAAAAACGCUCACGCCGAGUGAUGGGCCGGGCGAUGGUCCCGUCGACCAUGAACGAGGCUCAAUGACCAGCGUCCGCGAACGCGACGAGCUGGAUCGCCUCGGGUACAAAGAAGAGCUUCGUCGUAAUCGCUCUGUCGCUACCCUCCUCUUCCAAUCUCUCGCUAUCGCGGCAAUCCCCUACGGCGAAGGAAGUGCCCUCCUCAACGCGAUAUACGGCGGCGGUCCUUUGUCUAUAUUCAUCGGGUGGAUCAUCGUCUGCAUCCUCGAUCAAUGCAUCGCCAUGUCGCUGGCCGAACUUGCCUCGCGAUACCCCACCUCUGCCGGACCCUAUUACUGGUCUUUCCAGCUGGCCAAGUCGAGCAAGACAACUGUGUCUUUCAUAAAUGCUUGGAUCUGGGUGAUCGGAAACUGGACCAUCACCCUCUCGGUGAACUUUGGCUUUGCCUCUAUGCUUUCUGCGACUAUUUCCAUGUACCACCCUACCUGGAGCGCGAAUAGUUGGCAGCUGCUCCUGAUUUUCUAUGCGGUUUGUCUGGGGUCGCUUGUUAUUUGCACAUUUGCGAAUAAGUAUCUCCCGCAGGUGGAUAUUGCUUGUGCGACGUGGACUGCGCUGACUAUUAUUGUGAUUCUCAUUGCUGUUUCGGUUAAGGCGGAUGCCGGGCGUCAUUCGGCUUCGUAUGCGCUCGCUCAUUAUGAUAAGUCUUUUGCUGGUUGGGGAAAUUUCAGUUUCUUCAUCGGUCUUCUGCCUGCUGCUUAUACCUUCUCUGCUAUCGGGAUGGUCUCGGCCAUGGCGGAGGAAUGCCCUCAUCCAGCGGUGAAGGUGCCAAAGGCAAUUUCUCUCGCGGUUCCUGUCGGGUUUGUUGCUGGUUUGUUCUUUGUUAUCCCGAUCUGCGUCACUUUGCCUCCGCUGGAGGAGAUCAUCAAUGCCCCCGGCGGCCAAGCACUGCCCUAUAUCUUGCACCGAGUGAUGGGGUCACCCGGUGGUGGAUUGGGUCUCGUCUUCCUGGUUUUGAUCAUCACCCUCUUCUGUUCCAUCAGCAUCACCGUCGCGGCAUCCCGCUCCACCUGGGCCGUCUCCCGUGACGAUGCACUCCCACUGGCGAGCAUCUGGGCGAAAGUCCACCCUCGUCUAGGUGUACCAGUCUGGUCCCUGGUUCUGUUGACCGGAAUCCAAAUGCUGCUAGGUUUGAUUAACCUCGGUAGCUCAAGUGCGUUUACAGCCUUUGUCUCUGUCGGCGUGAUCGCGCUUGCCGUGGCCUAUGCGAUCCCGAUCUCUUUGAGUCUUUUCCAGGGCCGUGUCGAGGUGAAGCAUGCGAAGUGGAAUUGUGGCAACUUUGUCGGGACGAUUGCGAAUGUGCUUGCUCUAGCGUGGAUUGCUUUCGAGUUGGUGCUGUUUAGUAUGCCGACUGCGCUGCCUGUGACCCGAGUCUCGAUGAAUUAUGCCUCAGUGGUGUUUGUGGGGUUCAUGGUGAUCUCGGCCGUCUGGUACUUUGUUUAUGCAAAGAAGCAUUAUAAGGGUCCUCCUGAGUCGGAUGCGUUGGAUUCGGAGUGA